ACCGAUUGAUAUCGAUCGAUCCAUGUCCGCUUACACGAAGGCCGUCGGCGGGAAGCUGCAGCUGAAGGGAGGCCUUAACUUGUCACUCAAGAAGAAGAAAACGAAAAAACGAAAGGCCGAGUCGGACGGUCGUCCCGCGACCGGCGACGAUGACGACGACUUCCAGCUCGUGAAGCUCCAGGGUACAGGACGUAUUCUCACAUCUGGCACGACAGUGAUGGGCAAAAUGGGCACGAAAUUCUACCACGAGCUGUCGAUUGGAGACGCGUUGAUCAUUAUGCAUCCGACGUCGAUGAAGGAAGAAACGCGCAUUGUCAAGAUGGUGCUCAGCGACGUGUCCAUUUCCAUCAGUUCGCCAUUCAGUUCCGAUUUGGUCUCCACGACCACGUUCUCGUACAUCAAAGCCCCACCAGAGGAAAUCGACCAGGAUGCCAUCGAGACCAAGAAACGAAGCAAGAAGAACGAAGAAGAAACGUUUGCCUUCGGCACGUACGCCGGUGGCACGAGCGCCGGCUCGGAGUUCACGUACCGCGUCAAAAAGGCCGGGGCGUACGGUGGCUACGCCGUCCUCAAAGAGACGGCGGACGCGAACCGGUCGCGGGAAGACUUGUUGGACAUUCGCAGCAAGCGAAAAGGAGACCGACAUUGCAAUUAAAGAUCGUAUUUUUCUCCAUAUUGAAAACAAUCGACGAGAAAGUUAUAGUUUUCGCUUCAACAGGCCCGCGAAAAAGUCAAACGAGUUGCCGUCGGGGUACAGUUCGUACGACCGACCGCUUUCGCUCGUGGCCAAGAGGCACCCCGAUGCCGUG